AUGAAUGAUUCAUCAAUAUGGCUAUGGAUACUCAAUAAGGAUAAAUUUCCAUAUUUGGUAUCCUUUACCAUAUAUAGUAAUCUAUACCAUACUUAUCAAUCAAGUAUAAUGUUGACAGGGAUUGUCAUCAAGUAUAAAUACCAUGGUUCAUCCAGUCAUUUAGUAUCAUCAAUCAAUCAACUCAAUCCAACAAUACUAUUACUCAUCUUAUUUAUUCAAUCUUAUCAAUCAAUCCAAUAUGACAAUCAUUGCCAACUUGAAGAACCUUGCUCAGCCAUUGUCUGCCAUCCAGAAUGCCCAGUCCUUUGCCUCGUACCAGGGAGCCACGUCCACUCAGUCCGUCAACGAAGU